AAUAUGAAUAAUCCAAAAGUCAAUCGAAUUCUCACUGAGAUAAUAAGAACCAAUCUAACAGAGGAACAAAUUAAACAAAACCUCGGUGAUUUAGAAAGCCAACGAGAGGAAACUGUUGAACAAGUACUUAAAUCAGAGGACAAACAAAAAUUAGCCGCUUACGAUGAUUUAGAGGCUAAAGGCUUGCCAGAGAAAGUCUUUGGAAACCAAAAUCCUAGUGAAAUUGAGAACCAAAUAAAAAACUUAACCAAAGAAGCAGAUGCUCUACAAAGCAAAUACAAGCAGAUUGCGGAAGAAUUAGAUGAUUAUGUACAACGCAAAACCCGAGCAGAAAGCGAGAAAACUGAAAAAGAAUUAGAAGAAUGCGAAAAUCAAGGCUGGGAAAAUAAAAUAAGACUAGUUUUAGGAUUAGAAGAAGACGAACUUUUUCCUAAUGAUUGGCAUAAUCAAUUAAUAAACAAGCAACAAUUAGCUUUAAUUCAAGAUUUACUAGGAGAAAAAUCCAGAACCCAAGAAGUAGCUAAAGAAAUCAAAAAUAAAGAUAGUGAAAUAACUAUUCUCCACCUGCAAAUUGAGGAAUUGGGAGGAACUGUGGGAGCAAAUCCUAUAUUAAAGAAAUUUUUAGAAUGGAGAGAAAUGGGAACUUCUGAACAAAAACGAGCAAUCAUAAAAUAUUGA